AUGACGCUUAAGCUCAAACUCAAGGUCAACCCGUCCAAGGACAAGAAUGACUCGGAAAAGCGGCCGACGCCGCGAAUCAAAAUCAAACCCUUGAAAAAAGAGCCGUCGGACGGCGUGUCUAAGCCGAAGAAGGAGAAGCUCAAGAAACUCAAAAUCAGUUUGGGGAAAGCGUCUCUGCCGAGCCAAAAUGACUCUGCCACGCCCGUUGCACCCGCUCCGGUCGUCAAGAAGGUUCCAAAAGUGAGAAUCAAGCCUACGCGGAUUCCAGGUGAGGGCUAUGACUCGGAAGCUCCAGAUCUCGAAGACGAUCCGUUAAUAGAACAGGGAAUUGUGGUUCGCUUUGCCAAUGACAGGAACUUGGACUUUGUGCACAACGCAGUCGACACGGGCGAUCUCUCUAACGUCAACAUCAAGUGGAUCACGCGAGACAAGGCUGUGGUGAAUGUGAACCUGACGCUUUAUUCUGCUCGGUUGAUAGACUUGCCCACGCUUACCGAACUCUACAAAACCGUGGACAAGAAGAAUAUCUUCAAGACCAUCGACAUCAGCCAGAUUUUGCUUGUGUUGCACCCCAUCAACCCGAAACAAUUGAACAUGGAGCAGGACUUCGAGGUUCCCGAAGAGUACAUUUACGUGCACCCCAUUUACAAAUACUCGCCGAGCAACGAGAUCCGUAAUACGAAAACCGUCUAUCGGCACGGCUUGGCAUAUGCAUACGAAGAUGUCUACCGUAGAUUCCGCCCGCAGAAAGUCAACCACCGUGUGAUGACAGACAUUGAGCUGAGAGUGGACGAACUAGUUCGCCGAGACAACGAGGCACAGGAAAGCCAUUAUGAAUUCACGGACCCGAAGGGCCACAACAUGUUUUCCAACUCGAACAGCCAUACUCCGUCUACUAUGCCAUCCACACCUUCACGUUUGGAAGAAGAAGAAGAAGUGCAAGAAGAAGAAAUGGCGAUGGAUAUCGAAGACGAUAUCGACAAUGCCUUGGAGCAGGAGCUUGCUGAGGCUCUAGAUCUGACCUCAAACAAUACAGCUGCUACCGUUUUGAUGAAGUCGGUGUUUGACAACGAAGAUGCUGGUUCGGGCGAAGACAACAAUGGCCAAGAGGAAGAGGAUGACGACGAAGAAGACGAAGACGACGAGGAAGAAGAGGAGGAAGACGAAGACGAUACAUCUAAGGGUGGAAACUCGCUUGCCAAGAAGCUUGAAGAGGAAAUCAGCGAUCUUGAGCGUGCAGCGGAGAAGCAGAAAAUGUUAUUAGCCACAGCAUCGUUCAAGAUGAUGCGGAUGAAGUUCCAGUCCGCAUACAACAGUUUGAAGGCUCAGAUUGACCAGAAAAAGCGUGAGUUGGCGAAAAUCCAAGAGCUGCAAGGUCCAAAGCUCGAAAAGGAGACACAAGAGGCUGAUGCUGAAGAGGAUGCCGAAGAUGAGGAAGAAGACGAUGACGAGGAAGAAGAUGAAAACGAAGGCGAGGCAAAUGAACAGGAGGCACGACAAGAGAGCGAAGGAAUCAGAGAUGAAAAGGAGGAGAAGGCGGACGAUGCUGAAGGUGACGAUGAGAACGAAGAUUUUGAUGAUUUCCAGGGUCUUUUCUAG